AUUGAACGCCAUUUUGUUUUUCAAACACGCGAAAAGCAAGUAUUGAUUAAACCAGUGUUUAUAGUGUUCUUUUAUUUGAUGAAGAAACGUUAAAAAUUGUAAGUAGCCAUGUCCUUAGAUUUACUGGUAUUAAAUUUCGACCCAGGCUUGUACAAUUACGAUUAUUUUCAACAAGACGACGUGUGCCGCUUUUGUUGGAAAAGAGACGCUUCCUCACAAUUAAUCCAAAUAAAGGUAGAAAACGAUAGAACAGUAAAAAACGAUCUAGCGGCUAAAAUAUCUGAGUGCUUAGACAUCGAUAUAACUCGAUGCGAUCGCCCAAAAAAGAUAUGCGCGGAAUGCACUAGCCAAAUCGAUAAGUUUCAUACUUUCAAAAAAGUUUGUCAAGAAACCGACAAAAAGUUGCGUGAAAUACUCUCAAAUCACGAAUUAAUCGAUGAAAAUGUGAGCGAUAUGGUUAUAAAUGUUAAAAUCGAAAAGGAGGAUGUUGAUUCGAGAGAUGGUAAUUUGGACAAUUUGGAUUGUCCGAAGGAUUCUGACGGAGAAUCUGAGCUUCCGAACAAAAAAAGAUCUAAAUGGAAGUACAAGCCUAAACGUUCAGCUACAUAUUGCAAUAUCUGUAGGUUAGAUUUGGAAAACGCCGACAAAUUCAAUAGUCACAAUUCAGAAAGCCAUGGUAUACAAAGAGGAGGUGGUUUUAAAUGUUUUGGUUGCGAGAAAGUGUUCAGAAACCGUAGAUCCCGACUUGGGCACGAGCAAAACUUCUGCAAGAACCUGAAAGAUGGGUAUAAAUGUAGUUUGUGUGAUAGAUAUUUGCCAAGACGUCGUAUGUAUGAGGCCCAUAUGUACGAUCACAGGCAGAAGGGCACAGUUGAACUUCCCGAGGCGAUUUUUAAGUGUAACAAGUGUAAAUUGUUGCAUAAAACGAGGCAAUUGUUAAAAGAACACAUGUUAACGCAUAAAGGGGAUGCAAAGAAAUUUGUUUGUGAGAGCUGCGGGCGAGUGUUCACGCGGAACGACUACCUUAUGAAGCACAAACUCACUCACACAGGAGAGAAGCAACAUGAGUGUCCGCACUGCAGUUUCAGAGCCACGCAGCGCUCCUCGCUCAUUGUGCAUAUCAGGAAGCAUACCGGUGAGCGUCCCUACCAAUGCAGUGUAUGUCCACAACAAUGUAUAUCCAGUUCAAACUUGAGAGCACACCAACGGAGGCAUCUAGGAAUUAAAAUGCAUGAGUGCAAAAUCUGCAACAAGAAGUUUGGGUACAAAUUGAGCCUGCAAGAGCACAUGUCAACUCACGCUCCGGCGCAAACUCACGCCUGCGACCAAUGCGCCGCCUCUUACUCACGAUUGCGGGCACUGAAGAGGCAUAUAACCGCCAAACACACUGAGAAGAUGCCAGCAGAGUGAAGUUCUUACGUCAACUCACGUUUGUAAACAUAAUGCUGCCUCUUACUCACGAUUGCAGUCAUUGAAGAGGCAUAUAGCUGCUAAAUCCACUGAGAAGAUGCCAGCAGAGUGAAGUUGUUAGGUCAACUCACGUUUGCGAACAUAAUGCCGCUUCUUACUCACGAUUGCGGUCAUUGAAGAGGCAUAUAGCUGCUAAAACCAACUGAGAAGAUACCAGUAGAGUGAAGUUGUUAAGUCAACUCACGUUUGUGAACAUAACACCGCCUCUUACUCACGAUUGUGGUCAUUGAAAAGGCAUACUGCUAAAUCCACUGAGAAGAUACCAGCAGAGUGAAGUUAAGUCAACGCACGUUUGUGAACAUCAUGCCACCUCUUACUCACGAUUGCGGUCAUUGAAGAGGCAUAUAGCUGCUAAAACCACUGAGAAGAUACCAGUAGAGUGAAGUUAAGUCAACUCACGUUUGUGAACAUAACGCCGCCUCUUACUCACGAUUGCAGUCAUUGAAGAGGCAUAUAGCUGCUAAACCCGCUGAGAAGAUACCAGCAGAGUGAAGUUAAGUCAACUCACGAUUGUGAACAUCGGCGCCUCUUACGAUUGCGGUCAUUGAAGAGGCAUAUAGCUGCUAAACCCACUGAGAAGAUACCAGUAGAGUGAAGUUGUUAAGUCAACUCACGUUUGUAAACAUAAUGCUGCCUCUUACUCACGAUUGCGGUCAUUGAAUAGGCAUAUAGCUGCUAAGUCCACUGAGAAGAUGCCAGCAGAGUGAAGUUAAGUCAACUCACGUUUGUGAACAUAACGCCGCCUCUUACUCACGAUUGCGGUCAUUGAAGAGGCAUAUAGCUGCUAAAACCAACUGAGAAGAAGCCAGUAGAGUGAAGUUGUUAGGUCAACUCACGUUUGUGAACAUAACGCCGCCUCUUACUUACGAUUGCGGUCAUUGAAGAGGCAUAUAGCUGCUAAAACCAACUGAGAAGAUGCCAGCAGAGUGAAGUUAAGUCAACUCACGUUUGUGAACAUAACGCCGCCUCUUACUCACGAUUGCGGUCAUUGAAGAGGCAUAUAGCUGCUAAAACCAACUGAGAAGAUGCCAGUAGAGUGAAGUUGUUAGGUCAACUCACGUUUGUGAACAUAACGCCGCCUCUUACUCACGAUUGCGGUCAUUGAAGAGGCACAUAGCUACUAAACAUGUGAGAGAUGACAGCAGAGUUAGUUACUAAAGGAAUAAGCACGAUAACUAAGGUGUGUGAAUAUAAUGCCACUUUUAACUCACGUUUGGGGUCACUGAAGAGGCAUAUAGCUACGAACAGACAUGAUGGAGUAACUUUUUGUUGGAAUUUUGGUCUUGUGGUCUAAAAUUUAUUGCCUUCUUUCGGCAAAUUAGGUUUUCAUACUAAAUUUGCCUUCAUUCAAACAUUCAUGGUAUAAUUUUAUUGUUGCCAAAUGUCUCAGCCAACUUCGCUAGCAAUUUCGUCUUGCCGGCGUCUUGACAGUAAAUCACAAAAUCAAAAGCGAGCACUCAUUGAACAGGGGUAUCUCAAACAAAUGUUAAAGUUAUGUAAAUGAUCACACACUUUAUAUGAAUAAACUAUUUUUAUAUUAUAAAGUUUGUGUUCAUUCAAACAUUCCCACUACAAUUUUUGUCUCUGCCAGAGUUCUGGUCUUGUCUCAGCUAACUUUGCCAGCGAUUUUUUCUUGCGGGCGUUUUGAUGAUAAAAAACCUUGCUUACUAGAAGAUUACAAUGAAAUUGACUAAAAAAAGUAAGUUUGCCUUCAUUCAAACAUUCCUAGUACAAUUUUGUUGUUGCCUGAGUUCUGGUCUUGUCUCUUGCUUUGCUAGCAAUUUUGUCUUGCCGGCGUUUUGAUGGUAAAUCACAAAAUCAAAAACGAGUAUUCACUGAACACGUGGAUCUUAAACAAAUAUAAAAAAAUUAUAUAAAAUGAUCG